GCAAGGUUUAAACGUUAGGUCCUUUUGAAAUGUGCCCGCUCUUUCGUUUCAACGACCUUGAACGGCUUGACUAGAGGCGGUCAUUCCGUAUUUCAAUUGCCGUGGGUUGGUUGGAUUGCAUGAGUACCAAGUUUUUUCAUAUAUAAGUCAUGUUAUGCUACAUAAAAAAGCACGAAAUAAAUACCAAAACCAUUAAUUUAGCGUUCUCUGUUUUGUAGUGUACACGUUGGCUCUGUUGUUGCUUUGUAAUUUGAUCUUUGAUCCCAACAACUGUAGUAAAGCUCAACGAAAUGUCAAGUCACAGGUAAAUCCUAAGUAUUUGUAGUAUUUUCUUGGGUUAUUAUUGUCGCAAGGAAUAACCUUUUAAUAAUUAGUCAUUUCUGUUUUUAGUGCUUCAUGCUCAAGUGACAUUUCAGUCGACCUAACCGAUGCCUUUCGAAGUAUGAUACUGAACAAGCGUUUCGUGUUGUGGGAUGAUUUUGAAAGCGCCUUAAAAGAGUUCCAAAAAACUACUUAUACUCGUUACAUCCACACAGAAAGCAGAUUGCUGAAGGAUGUCAGGUUCAAAUACCUGUUUGUAUCAUUUAAUUGUACGUUUGGUCAUAAGAGGAAAUCGGAAGGUUUGAAAGUGAGGCAAAAAUCGUCUAAAUUCCGUAAUUGUCGAUCUAAAUUUCGUGUAAGACUAGAGGAGCAAGGAUAUGUCAUCAAAUCCUACAACAUGCUCCACAAUCAUCCAUGUAGUAGUUCAUGGAUGGUAUGUGAUCCAUUGACAAGGAGAUUAUCGUCAGAAGAAAAAGAGAACUUGAAGCCCGUAAUACUUCACUGUGAGUCAGCAGAUGAAGUUAUCGAAAGCAUUAAGGAGAGAACUGGUAAGCAAGCAACUGCUGCCGAUGUCAAAGGUAUGAAAGCUACACUCUCCACUGGUAAGUGUAUAUAAAUAUAUUUCAGGUUGUUUUACUCGGAACCAGGUAAUGGAUAUGCUUAGACAGAAAGGCGGAGUGAAGGAACAUUUAGAAAAUGGAUAUGCCACUAGAAUAUGAUGUGUCAAUAUCCCUGCCGUCACAUGCUACUUGCCUACGUUAAAAGACGAAAUCUUACAGCUCAUCAACUUCUUAGGUAUUGUAGCAGAUGAAAGUUACAUAAUACCCAGAACUUCCAAAAUAAUGCAUUAACUGCAUUACCACGACGGAGUGAAGUGUAUAUAAGUAUUCAACGAAGCCAAAUAAUCCAUAAGCAUCGCAUCAUUGAGAAAUAUGGUGAACGUUUCGCAACGGAAGUUGAGAACAAAGUGGACAAUUAUUACUUAAGAAUUCUUAAUACCAACUUGUAAACUUGAUUUUCUGCUUUAGCAGCAAUGAUUAUUC